GUGAUUGUGGUUGGUGGAGUAGUGGUGCAAUAGGCAAUAAUAACAUAACAAACGAACUCACGUUUUCCUUCCGUAGGCAAAGAAGGGACACGUUUUACACGCUUUAUUUAUAUCUCAGUCCUUUGUAUAUCAUUUACUUUUUUGUUUUUCGUUUUCCGGAAUUCAAUAUUUAAAGCAUGUCUGCAAAGAAUACCUCUUCUGUGAUAGCAUGGGGCGGAAAACCUGUUGAAAACCUUACCAGUGAAGUUUCCUUUACCGACGUCUUGUCGGAAGACCUAGCAAAGGAUUUGCAAAUAAAGGAAGAUUUGUCCAAAUGGCCAGAACUAACAGGAAUAGAUGUGACGAGUCAAGCAUGUGGGGACUCACCAGUUCAAGAAACAAUGAGUGAUGAAAUGUUGGCCCAACUACUCCAACUACAAUUUGAUCAAGAAUAUGAUAGAGCACUGGGAAAAGAAGAAGCGAAAUAUAAUGGUUCCUCUAAAGUUGGAGUUUCUCUUUCUAAUUAUCGCAAAAUACCAAAAGGAAGUCUUUUGGAUGAAGAUUCUGAUUCCUUUGAUGAUGAUGAAUGGGAUAAGGCACACCCUGACUGGGACAGUUUUGAGUCGGCUGAAAAAGAAUCCCCUACAAUUUCAAAAUUGGGUUACGCAAAAAAAGGAGGAGAGAUCAUAACGAAACACGAUACCGUUAUUACUGGCCGAAAGAAUGCUUGCAAAGCGAUGGAACUGGAACAGUUAAAGAUCGGGGACGGUGGCGGUUUUGAUAUGAUGUUGAGCAACAAGGUGUACAACAACCUGAAGACGUUUUCGCAUCAAGAGCAAAAGAGGGCCGCGCGUUUGAAUGACAAACACGAGAAGGCAACUGCCACAAUGGCUAUCGAUCCUCGCAGUCGACUGAUCCUUUUCCGCCUCGUCGACAACAACAUUCUCGACCGCAUUAAUGGCGUCAUCAGCACGGGCAAAGAAGCCGUCAUUCUUCAUGCCGAAGGCGGCAAGAGUGAAGAAGUUAUCGUUCCUCGGGAGUGCGCUAUCAAAGUAUUCAAGACGACCCUCAACGAGUUCAAAACUCGCGACAAGUACAUCGCCGAAGACUACCGCUUCAAAAACAGGUUCUCCAAGCAGAAUCCGCGCAAAAUUAUCCAUAUGUGGGCCGAGAAAGAAUACCACAACCUUGCGAGAAUGCGCGAAGCCGGUUUGCCUUGUCCCGAAGUUGUUUUACUCAAGAAACACAUCUUGGUCAUGUCUUUCAUAGGCCAGAGAGGUCGUCCUGCGCCCAAACUUCGCGAAGCGGCGCUGUCAACUGCGGAAGUGGAGUUGGCCUACAGUCAAACAGUUUCAAUGCUACAUAAAAUGUUCAACGAGUGCCACCUGGUCCACGCCGACUUGUCAGAGUACAACAUCCUUUGGCACGAGAAGCAGUGUUGGUUCAUCGACGUCAGCCAAGCAGUGGAGCCGAGUCACCCCCACGGACUCGAGUUUCUCUACCGCGACUGCACCAACAUCUCCAAUUUUUUCCGCCGAUUGGGCGCCAAAGACGCCGCUUCACCGACCGAGCUUUUUUCGUCUGUAAGUGGUUUCAGCGUCGAUGGAUUGGAGGCAGACGUCUUGAGCCAGAUCCGCGAUUACGAGCGCAACGAAGAACUCCUGACUGUCAGCCACCCAAACCAAAAGCUUUACCCGUUCGAUUAUUGUUGGCAAAAAUCCCAAGAGGCUCGUGGUCAGCAGGAAGAACCGCGACAGGAAGAAGGACGACCGGAAGAAGAACAGGAGAACAUUUGAUCGUCCAAUAAUGUCAAGAAAAAAUUUUCAUUUUUUGUUACCUUCCCUUUUGUUUGAUGCGCGGCUGUUGUUCUGGACGUUUAAAACAUUGCUGAUUACACGAUGACACCAAAAAGAUAGAA